UAAAUAACCGUUAAAAUUUAUUCUACAUUGUGUUUAAUGUCUGUUAAAGUUAAGGAAUUAUUUAAAUUAUAUUAAAAUGAGCGCGGAAAAGCUAAGUAGUGAUGAAGUACCAGAAAAGUUUACCAAUUGGCUACUGGCUAUGGGAUGUCCUGCCGAAAAAGUUCCAUCAAUUGAAAGAAUUACACAGAUGUGUAGAGGCCAGUACUAUAUGGUUUGGCGCAGCCUUAUGGAACACGUUGAAGCCAAAAAUAUUAUAAGACAGAAGAGAUUACAAGUAUUCUGUGAUGAUGUGAAAAUAUGCAAAGAAAAAAAUGUUUUCAAGGAGUGUAGUCCAAGUGCGGUCGUUCCAGAGCAGCUCGUGGUGUGGAAGAAUCAGCAAGAACUCAGAGAGAAAGUGGCUGAUGCUGAAGCAAGAGUGGAACAAGCUCGGAAUAAUCUUAACCAACUUAUUAACAAGAUAUCCUGCAAAUUAAGUCAAAGAAACACUUCGCGGCGUCGUAUAGAAGAUCUACAACGUCGUACUUGGUUGCUUCGACAAGUGUCGAACGAGCUCAAUAUUAAGAAGGCUAACUUGGAGGAGACAAGAUCAAUAGCUAAAUCACUGUUUGAUGUGAAUAACGAUCAAGAUGUAGAGAGUAAAUUAGAGAAAUAUAUUAAUUCUACAACGCCAACUCAAACAUAUCAUACACUGCCAUUAUCAAAUCCUAUUGCAAGUUCUUCUAUAGUAUCAACAAAUGAAAACGAAACUGCAAUUGAAAAAGAGGAUAAUAUGUUAUCACUAGUGACGUGUCGCGGCGACGUUCUGUGGCCACUCUUAUACGAGAAACGUUCAGCUAUUGUCGCAGAAAUGUCCCUUGUGAACGCGAAACAUACAACUGACGUUGAUAAUAAUCGGACCACCCCACAAUCAGUGCUCGCUCAUACUGCAGCUCUGCAUGCUAAUUUAGCUCUUGAAGUUAUGAAGAAUAAGGUCUAUGUCAAACAAACUCACGACAGAUUCGUAGCUGCUGUUGAAGAACUUAAUAACUAUAUAACCGGCGAAGCUUGCGAGUUGCUUGUGUUACGCUGUGAGCGAGCGAGAUCUGAAGCCAGGGUUAAGUCGAUGAAAACUCUUCUAGAAGAACUGUCUACGAAGAGUGGCGUGUUCCGCGUCGAAGGCGACGAGGUUGACGAUAACCAAACUACUGCAAAGAAGAUUGCUGAUAUCGAUAAAAGUAUUAUAAACACAAGGGAUGAACUGAAACGGCUGAUACUGUCACUGGCGACAACAGAGAGGAAGAUAAACAGCAUCAAAGAAUGCUUAGUAGCAGUCUUCCAAGCCUUUCAUAAUAAUACAAAUAUAGAAGACAGCGAACGAUUUCGUGGUGUCCAGUUGGACUUUCCUCAAGAAUCGAUAUCAAUGAUCCGUCAGUUUUACACCGAAAGAUUAGAGCGCAACAGGAACAAUGGAAACCUGAGUCUGGAUUUCGACGUAUCGGACACGUCGUUUAAUGAAAUGUCAGAUUCAAAUCCGAGAUUCGUGGACGAAUUGAGAGUAUAUUUAAAGAAAUUCAACUUGGAAAAGAACAGAAAACUCGUUUUGGACAGCGGUGACAAGAUUUGGAUAUUUGAAACUUUAGAGACGCUCGCAUCCCGACUCAAUUCCCGAUGGCUCAGUGACGAUUUAACGCCGCUAUUAUGUCCGUCUGUUCGUGUGUCGAGCGCUGUGCAGAGCCUCGUCCAUAGCGUACAAGAAAAGACGGUACUUACGAAUAUCGUUAAGGCGGUAAAUGAAAAAAGCACCAGAAAGAUUGAUAUAGAUAUAUCUUCUAAAGUACGUAACGAAGAACAGGUCACAGAUAAAAUAAAGAAAAGCAUUUCCGAGAAUUUAAUCCUUUUAAAGAAAAUCUGCAAAACAUUCGAUCUUAGUCAAGAAAAUCUACAAUUUUGGUCAAAUGACGAAAUUAAAAAGUUCAUGUCCACCAAUAGGACAGUCGACGGAAAGACAUAUAAAGAUUACGAAGGUUUUUAUUUAGAAAAUAUAAAACUGAAGUCAUAAUACAUUGUUUUUAUUUUAGAAAUAAAUUAA